GAAGUCGAAGCUUUAGUUCUGGAACUUGAAGAGCUGAAGCAAGAGCAGGCCUCCUAUAAACAACAGAUAACAGCUGCAGAGGAAGCAAUCAAAUCCUACCAGGAUCAAGUUGAGGCUAUGGUGGCUGAAGUGGCUACAGCAGAGGAAUCUGUAGAGAGAGCACAGAAGGAGCUUGCCAAGCAGAAGGAAAUAAUUGCAUUACAUGAUGAUGCAAUUAAAGACAAAUGUGCAGAGAUGAUAAACUACAGAGAACAAAAUAAUGAAUUACAGCUUAAGGUUAAAGAAUUGGACCAUGGCAUCACCAAAUGUCAACAAGAGGCUGCUGAUGCUGCUGCCAAGGUGGUCAAAAUGCUGAAAGAGUACAAGUGGAUAGCUUCAGAAAAAACACUCUUUGGCCAGCCAAACACAGCCUAUGAUUUCAAAAGUAGCAACCCUAAAGAAGCAAGUCAGAAGCUGCAAAAAUUGCAGGAGCAUAAAGAGAAGUUGGGAAGGAAUGUGAACACGAGGGCUAUGAACAUGCUUUCUGAUGCAGAGGAAAGGGUAAACAUUCUGUGAUUUAAUCUGUAAAGAUU